AUGGAGGAGGCAUGCAUUGUUUCUAAUACUGUCUCAGUUGCCUAUGUUGCUUAUGGAAAGCAAGGGCACAUUAUUAAGGAUUGUAUUGUUCGUCCUUCACGCUCUAAUAAAGUCUAUCAUGUUGUUGUUAUUGGCAAAGGUGAUGGUGUAGAAGCAGAAUCAGGAGCACAAGAAGAUUUCCUCAUCCAGGAUGAGAUUUUUAUAUCUUGUCUAGAGGAAGAGAUAAUUUUGCGUGAGAGAGACCGCUAUGAACUGGAAAAGGGACGACUUAUAUGUGAUUUGAAAAGGAUACGAGAUGAGGAUGGUUAUGAAAAGAGUCCUGUUCUCUCUUACACUGAAGUAUUACUUGUACCUUUGACAACUCCUGAUUUUAGCAUGCCGUACAAUGUCAUCACAAUCACGUGCACUGUAUUUGCUCUGUAUUUUGGGUCACUUAUCAAUGUACUUGGAAGAAGGGUUGGAGAGGAGGAAAGAUUCCUUGAAAGCAAAGCUGCUGCAAAAACUGGUCGUCUUUCUGAAAUGUUGCAUGGUGAUAUUAUUUUGAAUGACAACACCGGAAGUAUACACAUUGAGUUGCAGCUUGAUUAUGUAGGUCUAUAUCUAAUCCACAGGCCAGUAAGCAUGAAGAAGGAUUCUUUUGGCUAUGAACCUGAAAACCUUACCCAGCCCAACCUGACAUUCUGGCUUCUUGGAGAGAAAUGAGGCACUUUACGAACCGGCAACUUCUCAUCAAAGAAGCUUGGAGAUCUUCUAGCAGUAGCACGUGUCCGUCCUGUUGUGAACCAAAUGGAAUGUCACCCGGUACGGCAGCAGCCAAAGCUUCAUGCAUUUUGUCAAUCCGAGGGAGUUCACUUAUCUGAGAGGGUUGUUACGGGAACUACUUUUGUGCAUGGGACUUAUGGCGCAUACAGGACAUUGGAUGGACUCUGGGAUGGUGAAAUGUGAGAAGAUUCCAGGUGUAAAAACUCUGUAUUUUUCAUUUUAGCUGCUUGUCUCUCACAUUACUCAAUUUUCAAAUGUUUAGUCAGUUCUUAAUUAUUAGAUCGGCAGCAAUAUGUUGAAUCAAAAAACAGGUGGACAAUAUGUUGCUAUAUAUUUAGCAACAACAAAGCCUCUUGAUUACAUUUAAGUCAUGGAAGUUCACCAAAAUCAUAUCAAGAAAUGUAUUUAUUAUAAAUAGAUGAAAAAAUAUUCACAAGAAUUCUGCCCAAAAUCAAGUGUGUUCAUAGCAGCGCA